AAGUUGAAUUUCGUGAAUUUAAACCGGUUGAUGAUCAAAUUAUCAGCAUGGUUCGAUGUCUUUAUUUUGCACAAACAUAUAUAACAAGUGGUGAGUUGUUUAAAAACUUGAUUUCGUCUAAUCGUCGAAAAUUUUGUUUUAGCCAACGACACAAUUCGAUCAUUGUGGGCUGGCACCAAUGGUGGUCAUGUCUAUGUUUAUUCCAUUGUUGGUGGCGAUAUACAGUUGACAUCGUCAAUAAGUCAGAGACCUAGUAAUACUCCUGUCGGAGGUAUUGAUCAAUAUGGUACCUGUUCAAUGGUUAAAGAAAUUCGCUUGAAACAUAAAGCUCCUGUAUUAAGUAUUGUUAUUCUUGAUGGAUUGAAUCGUCCAGUUGGUCAUGGUUCGGGAAUACCAGCAGUUGAGUCUUCACUAAGUAAUCAAAUAUUACCGACAACCAGUACCUCUCAAUCAGCAACGACAACUAUGGCAUCUGAACACACAACAAAUUCCACUACAUUUACCUCCACCUCAUUUACUGCUCAUAAAGUACUUAUUUGCUCCGAAGAGCAAUUCAAAAUCUUCACAUUACCAAAUUUAAAACCACUUUGUAAAUAUAAAUUAACGGCAACUGAAGGUGCUCGCGUUAGAAAAAUUAGUGUAAAUCAAUUUACAUUGAAAACAGAUAUUGAUCAACAAACGUCUUAUUCCGAAUCGUGUUUAUUAUGUCUAAGUAAUUUGGGUGAAAUUAGUAUUUAUAGUUUACCAUCGCUUCGGCGUCAAGCCGUAUUUAGUUGUAUAAAAACGGGCGACAUAACGGCAUUGUCAUCUGUUCAAUUUACACCCUGUUCUCAUGCAUUUUAUUUACAAUCAUCAUCUGAAUUAGCUGAAGUCUCUUUUACACCCGUCUCAUCAUAUCCAUAUUCCAUGUCCUUGCCAUUUAAUAAAUCAUUAAGAAAAUUAAUUCAGCGAUCAAGUGAAACUUCUCAAACAUUUUUACCUAUCUCGACCAAUGAAGAUAAUAAAAAGAAACAACAAAGUCCGGCGAAUACUGAAGAAAGAUAUAACGAAGAUAAUAAAAUUAAAAGUACCUAUAGCAAACAAAACAUUACCGAGUCUCCAUCAUCACCAAAAUCACUAACUCUGGAUAAUACAAACGAUUCGACAUUAACAUCAGCCAGUGAAACACAUCAACAUCAUCAUUCGUCAACAGUUAGUCCAUUAUCAAAGUCAUCAGGUUCUUCGUCCUCUCAAAAGAUAACAGAGAAUAAUCUAUCAAACACGCAUAAUCAUAAUCAUAAUCAUCAUGAAAAAGAACAAUUGCUGAAAAAACAAGGAAUGGAUAAUGUCAUUGGAAAUAAUAGCAGUACAAAUUCAGACUCAGCUAUUGAUCUUAGUUCAGGAGGCACAUCAAUUAAUACAACAACAAAUAAAACGAAUUCAAGUGAUGAAAAUCAUGGUACAGUUUAUAAAUACAAUGUUAAAUCGGCUGAACGAGAAUUAUCACCAUUUCAAUCAACGCCACUCAAAAUUUCAAAUGACGUACCAUCGUCAAUGUAUAAUGGCCAUUCAAUUGCUACUAGUUCUAUUUCACCUGUUGAAAAGCAACAAGUUUCACCCACAUCUUCAAUUCCUUCACAUUCGUCAUCAACAGCAACUAAACUAAUAUCGGUCAAAGUUCGUCAGGCUCCCACCAUUAAUGAAAUACAUUGUAAUGGUACAAAAAUUGAUCAUCAAAUACCACAAUUAUCUUCUCCACAACGAACAUCAGCGCCAAUUGCACCAUCAAAACCCAUUCAUACUUAA